CAGGAGUGGCCGCUGUGGCUUUACAUGUAACCAGCGAGGGCAGCUCUAUUAUCCGAUAUGGGGCCCUUGUGUCUGUACAGGAAGUGCCUGUGUGGCCCCCUCAGGCAGGUUGUGCUCCCCCUGGGGAAUGGGAAGCUGCUGGGACUGGGGCACAGGGGGGUCUCUGGGGGUGAUAUCCAAAAGCUGCUGGAGGAGGCUGAAGUGGAAGGAACAGAGGGGGGACCACCCAGAGGCCCCAGGAGACCCCCUAAAUCAAGCAGCAUUGUGCUGUUCCCUGGGCAGGGCAGUCAGCAGGUGGGAAUGGCCAGAGGUCUCCUCAAGUUCCCCAAUGUCAGGGAAAUGUUUGAUGUUGCGCACAGGCUGCUGGGAUAUGAUCUGCUGGAGCUGUGCCUGCGGGGCCCCCAGGAGACCCUCAAUAAGACGGUGCAUUGCCAACCCGCCAUCUUUGUCACCUCCCUGGCAGCCACCGAGAAACUCAGCCAAGAGGAUCCUGAGGUCGUGGAGUCGUGCGUGGCUGCUGCCGGAUUCAGCGUCGGGGAGUUUGCUGCUCUCGUGUUUGCUGGGGCUUUAGAUUUCACUGAAGCUCUGUACGCAGUGAAGGUUCGGGCGGAGGCCAUGCAGGAGGCAUCUGAAAUGGUGCCGAGCGGAAUGCUGUCAGUGAUUGGGCACCCCCAGACCAAGUACAACGUUGCUUGCGCAGAAGCCCGAGAGCACUGUCAUUCCCUUGGCUUGGAGGAUCCCGUGUGUGAGGUGGCAAACUACCUGUUCCCAGAUGGGCGGGUGAUUGCUGGACAUAUAGAGGCCCUGAAAUAUUUACAGUCCAAUUCUCGGAAAUACCGCUUCUUGCGCACCAAAAUGCUCCCCGUGAGUGGCGCCUUUCACACGAGAUUAAUGGAACGGGCCGCGGAGCCUCUGUAUAAAGUUUUAAAGAACUUGAACUUCAAGCAGCCGCUCGUGCCCGUCUUCUGCAACGUGGACGGGAAACGGUACAAACGGGCGUCCAACAUCCACCAGCUCCUGGCCAAACAGGUGGUGUCGCCGGUCAAAUGGGAGCAGACAAUGCACUCUAUUUAUGAGAGGAAGAGUGGAACAGAUUUCCCGUAUACCUAUGAAGUGGGUCCCGGGAAGCAGCUGGGAUCCAUAUUGAAAAAAUGCAACUUGAAGGCGUGGCGCUCCUACAGAGACAUUGAUGUUUUUGAAGAACAGGAGUCGGGACAAACCUAAUUUUAUAUAUAUAUAUAUAUUAUAUUUAUUUAUAUACACCGUAAUUUUAGGUUUAUAUUCCCAGGAAUAUGGUUUUAUUUAUAAGUUAAGAGAACCAGAUGGACUAUCCUAGCCUUCCUUGUGUGUCACAUUUCUGUCACCAGAAUAAUGUUCUAAAUCCUGUUUUAUUUAAAGAUUAUUCCUCUCCUA